AUGUUGACCGUGGCUACUUCUACGCUUCUUAUUUACUGUGCCGUGUUAGCAACAAUAACACCAAUAAUGGCAAUAAAGGCUACUCCAGGAGCGUUAUCGAACAAUGGCAGUUCACUGAAGUUUAUUCGAAUUCAUUUUGGUCUACCAGUUUAUGGCACCAACAGCAAGUCGAACGUCCCGUACUACAACAACUUAAUCAAUGAAUUGAUUAGCAGCGAUACAACGGAUACUAGCACUACUAGCACAAGCAGACUUCCCUCCAACAGUGAUCACAACCAAGAGGGCACUGAGAACAGUGAGAUAAAAUUUAUCCGUAUUCAUUUCGGGAGAAAACUUGACGAAAGCAAUAAUAAAAGCAGUGCGCCUGACAGUCGAUACGGCGGUUACAAAGAGACGCCUGUCCUCACGUAUCGUGGACUGCCGUUUUACAACAUUAGCAACAGACCCAGCGAAAGAGAACUGACCGGUUAA